AUGGGUUGGGUGGAAAACACCAACCGGAAGAUCGCGCGAAGCGCUGUCGGCCGCUGGUUCAAGCUAGAAGGAUGUGGACAUCCCAAGGAGAGGAAGGGGUCAUACUUCUUCACCGAGAUCCGUGCGGGACUUGCAACUUUCUUUGCCAUGGCCUACAUCAUUGCCGUCAAUGCUAGCAUCGUUGCGGACACCGGAGGUACCUGCGUCUGCCACCAGCCGCUAGACGGUCCGGAUCCCAUCUGCACUAGCGACACCGACUACCUUCUUUGCGUAUCCGAGAUCAAGAGGGACCUGAUCACGGCCACCGCCGCCAUUUCUGCCCUAGGAACAUUCUGCAUGGGCCUCUUCUCCAACCUGCAAGUUCAGACCCCGGCCGUGCCGAUUGGGAUUGCCCCUGGGAUGGGCUUAAACGCAUACUUUGCGUAUACUGUUGUCGGAUUCCAUGGGACUGGCCAGGUCCCGUUCCAGGUCGCUCUGACUUCCAUCUUUGUCGAAGGCUUCAUUUUCUUCGGCCUUGCUCUCCUUGGUCUGCGGCAGUGGCUCGCUCGCAUCAUCCCACGGUGCAUCAAGCUGGCGACAAGUGUUGGUAUCGGUCUUUUCCUGACACUUAUUGGCUUGACGUAUUCCGAAGGAAUUGGUCUCGUUGUCGGCGGCUCGUCGACUCCUAUGGAGCUGGCGGGCUGUUUGGAUGCACUCAAAGAAGACGGAUCGUGCCCGGACCAAUACAAGAUGCGCAGCCCCAUGAUGUGGAUCGGCAUCUUCUGUGGUGGUGUUUUCACCGCCAUGCUAAUGAUGUAUCGGGUCAAGGGCGCCAUCAUUGCCGGCAUCAUCCUCGUUUCGAUCAUCUCAUGGCCCCGCACGACGCCAGUCACCUACUUCCCAUACACGGUAGUGGGUGACAGCAAUUUCGAGUUCUUCAAGAAGGUCGUCGAUUUCCACCCGAUCCGGAACACUCUGAAUGUCCAAGAAUGGAAUGUCGGUAGCUACAGCGGGCAGUUUGGGCUGGCUCUGAUCACCUUUUUGUAUGUCGACAUCCUGGACUGCACUGGCACUCUGUAUUCCAUGGCCCGGUAUGCCAACCUCGUGGACCCUGUCACUCAGGAUUUUGAAGGGUCAACUCUCGCCUACAUGGUCGACUCGCUGACCAUUUCGAUCGGUGCCAUCUUGGGCACUCCGCCGGUCACAGCAUUUGUCGAGUCGGGCGCAGGCAUCGGCGAGGGCGGCAAGACGGGCUUGACUGCCAUGGCCACUGGGCUUUGUUUCUUCAUCUCCAUCUUCUUUGCGCCCAUUUUCGCCUCUAUCCCGCCGUGGGCAACGGGAUGCGUGCUGGUAUUGGUCGGCUCCAUGAUGACCCAGGCCGUCACCGAGAUCAACUGGAGAUACCUGGGCGACUCGCUGCCGGCCUUUGUGACGAUUGCCCUCAUGCCCUUCACGUACUCGAUCGCCGACGGCCUCAUUGCCGGCAUCUGCCUCUAUAUCCUGAUUAACACGUUGGUCUGGGUCAUCGAGAAGGCAUCGGGCGGGCGUAUUGUCCCGCCAAACAAGGAACUCAAGGAGCCGUGGUCAUGGAAGAUUGAGGGCGGUAUCAUGCCGCCGUGGGUUGGCCGCCUGGCAAGGGGCAAGAAGGACUUUUGGCGUAACGAUACCGUUUACGCGUCGGACGCUGAGGGUGUGGCAGAGAAAUCUGAGCCCAAGAUCUCUGGCUCAGAUGCGCCUGUUGAUCUGGGCAAGCCAGACAAGGCUGCAUAG